UGCGUACUAGACCUCACCGGAAGUAGAUACAGUGUUUUGAUUUUAAACAACAGUAGCCGCCGCUGCAGCACAUUUGAUAAGAAAACCGUCGUUUUACGAUAUUAAAUAAUCUGUUUUAUAAAACACAUAAUGAAGUGAGUCUUGCCAACGAUCACGUGUGUGUCCGGCUCUCCAUGAACGACUCGGACCAGGACUUCAGCGACCUCUGCUCUCGUGUCCUCAAAAGAGUGAGGAAGAAAGGAGCAAGGGGAUCUGGAGAUGAAAAGAGACCAGCAGUCAAGGAUGAGGAGCCAUCCUCCUCCUCUUCCGAAAGAAACCCCCCAAAGAGGAGAAAGAAGACUGAGGAUGCUGCUAAGACUGAAAUAAAGAGUAAGAUCAGCUGCAGGACUCAUGCUGCGGGGUCUGGUGAUGUCUCCCAGCGUCUUCCUGAAGUGUCUGGCACAGGGAAAGUCAAAGAUGCAGUGAUCCAGAGAAUGCAGCGGUUUAAGAGAGCCAGUCCAGAGAGACUGUUGCAUGCAGAGACCAACCGACCCACAACCACAGAGUCUGAUGGGAACCAUCCCUCCACUCUCGGGGUCCAGCACACAGAAACUGUGGGUGGCGAUGAAGCCCUGGCUCUUCGGCUUCAGCAGGAGUUGGAUUGUGAGGCUCGGGCCACUGGAGACGUGAAAGAUGAAGCGUUGUUCUUCUGCCAGCUCUGUCAGAAAGAUCUGUCAGCCAUGAGCCCUCCGCUGCGCACUCAGCACAUCAACAGAUGUCUGGAUGCAAGUGAGAGCAGCGCUCCUUCACACCCCAGACCACGGGUCCCAGAGUGUCCCAUUUGUGGAAAGAGUUUUAAAUCUGAAAAAAGCCGGUCUGUCCACUUAAAGCGUUGCUCAACCAAUUUGGGUGUGAAACCUAAUGAUCUUCUCCAGGCUCUGAGGAGACAGGCUGCUGAGAGAGCGAGCGACAACACCACCGACCAAUCAAAGCUACUAGGUAGUGCUACGACAACUCGGAGGGACGGCAUGCCUUUAAAAAAGAGAUCCAGGAGGAAAGCCCAGAAGUUGGACGAGGACACCAUGGUGGCGCUGGCUCUGUCCCGCUCUAUACUCGAGCAGGAAAUGGAAAAGGAGCGAGAGCAGGAGGAGGAGAGGGAGAUACUGGCUCAGCUCUCCAGUCCUUCUGCGACAGUGGCUCCUGUCUUACAGUGGAAACCUGGUGCAGGUAAGGGCCGUGGGAAGAGAAGGAAGGGAGCGUCUCCUGUCCAGCCACCGCUUCUCCUUGUUCAGGACCCUCAGACAGCACUGAACCGUCUACAGGAGCGGGUUUCAUCUCUUCUGCUUCGUUCCAGACCCCCCUCUCCACCAACACCAACCCUAUCCCCCUCUGUCCUUCCUCUUCAUCCUCACGCCCCCCUCUGGGACAAAAGUGGUCUUCACGGAGGAGGACCAGAUUCAGUUUCAGAGUUCUACACCUCUGAACUAAGCAAUAUCAUACAGCCAUGCGUUGCACCGGAGUGGGAAAAGGUCAAGUCUCUUGAACUUAUUCCAAACAAGAAACCUCCAGCUGUGACCUUAGAGGCUGAUCCAGUCCAGGAAAAGCUUUCAGAUCAGAGCCCAGCACAACACCAAACUACCCGACCUCCCACCCCCUGUUCUGGUACACCAGGCUCCCAGGCUCUGCAGGACCUGAUGGAGCUUGCAGAGGAAGGCAUGACCCUCACCCAGUAUGGAUACACAAUGUAUACGGCCGCAGGGGACAAGUCAGUUAGGGACAAUGCUGUGAAUGAACUUCCCUCAAGUGGAUUUGUUCCAGAGACAACCGACAACAAGACGUCUAAGAAAACCUCAGUGUACGUGUCAAAGCUAGCAUUAGAUCUGAGCAGCAUGGUGAACAACCCUCAACUCAGUGAUGUGCAGUUACAGGUGGACAGUGGGGAUGUUUUCUUCACGCACUCGUUUAUGCUGUACACACGAUGCCCCUUGCUGGCCAACAUGGUUCAUGACUCAGGUUUUGGCGUUCAGGAGGAGGGUAUGCGUGUCGCUCAGAGGGUGUUGUUGGGUAAUGUGCUUGGGGAGGCAGUACUGGCCCUCCUGCAGUAUCUCUACACAGCCCACUGUCCUCUAACACAUACUUUGCUACCUCACAUACAGGAGCUUGCCAAUAGAUUUGGUUUGGUUGAGCUGCAGCAGCAGUGUGAGGAAUAUUCUGGAAGUGUAGAGGAAAACCCAAGAGAGGAAUCUGAAGGCAUGUUUCCAGCAUCUGAGCUUCAUCUCAGGGACCAAGAAGACCAGAACUUGGCAGAAAGCAACUUCUUGGAGCUCCUCCAAUCAAUGUGGCAGCAUGGGGACAGCGAAGAAGAGGAUGAGUUUAAAGAAACUGCCGGAGAGGAAAGAGACAUGGAAGAGGAGCGAGAGAGAGGAGAUGGAGAGAAAGAGGACCGGGUGGAUGAGGAAGAGCUUGAUGAGAUCUAUGAGUUUGCAGUGACACAAAGGAAGAUAGAGACGACGUUGGAGGCUGCGACCGAGGAAGAGGAGGGAGAUGCAAAUACAUCCCUUGGAAAUGAGAAGAAGGAAGAAGGGAAGGAGAAAAAAGAGACAGAAUCCCUUUUAGAGAAAUCUGCCGGGAGUUGCUAUAGUAACAAACUAGGUGUGGAUGGGACGGAGGAUGCCAUGGUAACAAGUCGAACAGAAAACCCUAAAAAACCCAAUUCAGAGACCGAGAGAGUUUGUUUAAAUAAACAAAUACAAGAAAACACAAAAUCAAAUACCAUUCUAAACAAAACAGUCAUUACUGUAUAUUCUAACACACCCGCCCACUCCCAGUCUGUAGGGGAAUACAUGGAACCAUCACAGACGCAAGCGUCCUGCUCUCAGCAACAAUGUUACAAGCCAUCAGGCACACUACAGCAAAACACACCCGCCCCAUUUCGCCGUUCAUGUGUCAGUGAGGUGAUUGACCUGUCUAUAAGCCCUCCACCAAGCUCAGGUUUGUCAGGUAAGACUUCCUUCCCCAUGCCUGGAGUGUCUCCUGUUCCACAUGAGGGUGAAGAGAUAGGUAAGUCUCCACUAAGAAUAGACAGUUCAGGAUGCCAGGGAAUUGGAAACCCUCCUUCCCCUCCAGAAUCUCAAAGCAAGCAGGUUGAGCUCAUUGUUCUCUCAGACUCCGGUGAUGAAAUGGAUGUAGAUAAUGGUGACCAAAAUGCUGCUACCACUAAACGUGCUUUGACUCCUCCAUCUCCUCCUCCUCAGAGGUCCACAAGCUAUGCUUGUAAAGUCAAAGAGAACAGUUUCAAAGAAUCUGGAUCCCAAGGCCAUGCCGGCAAACAGGUAGAUGCUUCCAAGCAGAUGGCGACUGAUAUAGAAGCAAAGUCUGACCUAUCAGAGCACUGUAGCCCCGGGGUUGCGAAUGAAAGUGUGUUUGAUGGCUCUGCCGAGGUUUCCUGGCUGAUUCCAGCCACUCCGGUACCAUCCACACGCUGUAGCUCUGCCCAGACCUGCAUCAGCAUGCGCCGAACCCAGCUCUUCCCCAAGUCAUCAUCCUCUUCUUCCUCUUCCUCUGUCUCGGAGGGUUUGAAACCUGCUAGCUCUGCUUCUUCAAGCAGCUGCCUAAACGAGAAACCGGCAACCUUGUCCAAAUUGCACAAAUCAUAUCGGAGUCCCUCUAAAGAAGGUCAUAGCAUUGAUACAGACUGCUCUCCAGGUUACCAGAGAGCACUUCACCAUCUAAGACUAUCUCAGGUUUCUUCUUCAGAUGUUUCUGAUGGCUCCCACAUUGGCAUAAUCAUGGGACAUCCAAUCCAGGGUGUCCCCAAGCCCUCCAGUAGCACUCCUCUCCAUUCAGACUCUUCCUUACAACGUCAGAUCCCAUUUUGCUCCCCUAUGGUUGACGACCGUGAGGUUCGGCUUAGGAAUUGUAGAGGUAAUUCUAGAUCCUUCUGUAGGCAGGGGAAAGUUGACCUAGUGUCUCUACAACUGAGUUCUCCUAGUAAAACACCUGAGAAGCAGCACAGUAGCCCACUUCAGCAGGGAUGCUCCAGUCCAACCCCGAACUCUCCAAGAUGCAUUCGUCCAGAAAGUUCAAGAGAGAGUGAGAACGAUGGGAUAGAACAAAUGGAAUUGGGAGAGAAUCCAAAUCAAAGUGUUGACGAAGUGGUUGAUAUUGCAGGAAACUCAUUUUGUGUCAUGGAUGAGCCUCCUAUAGCGUUUGAUGACUCCUGGGGUUUGGAUGGAGGGCUUGGAAGCCAGAAGCCCUGCUUUAGUCUACGACUUGACAGCAGCGGAGGUACAGUCAGUCCACCAGGUCUCGAGGGUAAGAGACCAACGUCCACAUCUCCUCUUGCAACUGGAGCUUGUAACAAAAGUCCUGAUCCAAGUCCAGGUCUGUUUAAUCACAGCCUACCUGACCCUGACAUGUGGGAUGAUUGUGAGGAAGAGGAGGUUGCUCCCCUUCCUCUUUCUCAGAGAUUGACAGCUCCCUCUGCCAAGAGAGUUGCUGAACUAAAGACUCCAGUUGCUAGCAGAAAGAGGAAUGAAGGACCGCUGGUGCCCAUCACUCCCAUGCCAGGCUUCUCUGAUAUGGAGACACCAGAGCUCAAAAACAGACUCAACAGGUUUGGUGUGCGUCCGCUGCCCAAGAAGCAGAUGGUUCUGAAGCUGAAAGAGAUCCAUCAAUACACCCACCAGCUGCAGAGCUCAGAGUCUGAGGAGGAGACCUCUGGACCCCAACGCCCCCCCAAUGCCUCUAACUCCCAGUCUGCUCCGCUCCCCUUUAAGCAGCCUACAGCGCCCCCUGCUGCCUCACCUGUGAAACUGCCGCCAAGUGAAGAGGAUGAGCUUUUAUCAGCCUCUCAAAAUUCGAAUACAUCCUCCACUGCAGAGUCCGAGAGGUCGAACCCAGAGCUGUGUGUGUCUGAUGACGAUGACUCUGACAGCGAGGGCAUCACGGCGUCUCAGGUUGUUGUGCGCGAGAAGGACAAACUCCUCGCAGUUCGUCAGUUCAUCCUAUCCGACCCCAAACUGUACGCACGAGUGCUGCAGUACCAGCCUCUCUCCCUGGCGGAGCUGCAGUCCAGCUUGAAAGCGGCGGGCAUCAGGUUAGGUGCUGCUAAACUACUAGACUUCCUGGACUCUCAGUGCAUUACCUUUAGUACGGCCAAUCAUGGCCAGAAAGCAUCUUCCCGCAGGAAACGACGUGUGAAAACGACAACCAGCGGUGGUGCAGCAGCCGGAAGAGGGAGGAAAAAAGCAGCUAAGCCCAGUGGAGGAAUAGCAUGAGGGCUGAAAUAAAAUUAUGUGGUAAAACUACACGAUUUUAAGAAUAAGUUGUUGAAGGACAAUAAUGGUCUUCAUCUUUUCAACUAAACAAACUGUUUCAGAUAAACACGUCUGACACACACUCAGGGUCUUAAACCUUCCAGUGAAAGGAUUUACAUUCAAAUGCAUUUGUUUUGUUUUUUUUAUAUCAGUUUCAGAUUUGUUUUUGUACAAUGUUUGAAAUGAAAUUAUUUUAAAUG